UGUGACGUCAAGUCCGUUAGUUUCAGCCGCAUCUUCGGCACAUCGUUUCGUUCGGCGCCUCUCUCUCUCUCUCUCUCAGUGAAGUUUGAACACGCGUGAAUUCUCACUCAAACGUGAAAAUUAAACGAAUAGAUUUAUCUUGAUAGAAAUUUUAAGACCGAGGGAGUAACUUUAAACUCCACGUCUAUCGACCAAUAGCGUACCAAUGAUAAGGUGUUCCUCCCAUUGGUAGGAGGUAGAAGCCAUUUCGUGUGCGUUCGAGAACAGUGAGUGAUUUGAAAAGCACCAUAUUCGCGGAGAGUUCACGAGGAAAAAAAAAAUUAUAUUGCUCAUAACAGCGAGGUACACGGUUUGCGCACCAGGCAGCAUUAAGACGUUUAUAAAAAUGGCUGUAUCGUCGGAAGAUGUUAUAAAUACGGAUCUCAAUGAUCCUGUUACAAAGGCAGUGGUUGAUAAUAUAAUGGGCAAUUUGCCUACCAAGAAGCCUCUUGUACGUUGUGAAGACUGUGACCUUUCCUUCACAAGCCAAACAGUAUUAGAUACACAUUUACAAGGUGCACGUCAUGCCAAACAGAUCAUUUUACAGUUAAGAUCAAAGAACAUAAUGGCAUCACUCGAAGAGACAAAAAUCGGAUUUACAAAGGAUGAAGAAACAAAUGGGUUGAAAUGCAAUGUAUGUAAUGUGUGUCUGAAUUCUAUACAACAGUUACAAACACAUCUCAAUGGGAGCCGUCAUAAAAAGAAAUUAAUGAGAGGUGGAUGGGAUGGCAAAGAGGUUGUCAGCCAAGGCACUUCAUUGGCAUCAUCGACCAAUAAUGAACAGCAGCCUACGAAAGGUCCUAUGAAAGGGGUUUCUCUUAACUGCGAUAUAUGUAUUAAAUUCUUCAAUUCCCCGACUCAAUACAAUAUGCAUAUGAAUUCGGAAAAGCAUGCUGAAAAGCUGAGGAGAGUUAAGAAUCCGAACAAGAAAAGAUUUGUUCCAUAUUGGAAAAAAACGAAACCAUAUACAACUGUUAAAAGUGAAAUACAACCGUUGUCAAACAACUAUGUUUCAGGAGGUUUCAUGUACCAACAGUAGGGUAUUUAUUGAAUAACCCGUGCAAUAUAUAUUUGCUUUCGAUUAUACAUUAGCAGAAUAUGUUUAUCAUUCUAUCAAUUAAUGAUUAUGGUUAUACAUUUAUUUAUUUACGCAAACGUAAAUAUUAUUUGAAUUUUCAAGGCAAAAGAAACCUUAUACAGCUAUUCCGUAUGAAAACACCGAUUAUUUCAUGUAUAUGUUAAUCGAUCGUGUUGAUGUCAUUAAUGUUAGACAAAGUUGGAAUGUACAAAAGAUAUCCAAAAACCAGCAUUGCAAUUACAAGAAACAUAGCUUACUAAUUAUAAUU